CAAAAACAAAAACUAGUAUUGCAGUUGAAGUGGGACCAUAAUCUUAAAUGUAAAAUGUUUAAACAAGGAGACACGUAAAUAAAUUCACCGUCGGUUUCUCCAAAACAUUUGUUUCCGCUCCUUGAUCAUCAUUUUCCCAUCUCUUUCUCUUGAAGCCAGAGAGACACACACACCAUGGUUGCAGAGAAUGAUGAAAUGGUUACUGGAUGGCCACUUGGACUUAGCUUCAUGAAUAUGAGACUUAGAGUUGUGGAAUCGCUUCCACCACCAGCAGCUUCUUCUUCUUCAGUGGAACCACCAUAUCAAUUGCACAUACCAUCCACAAGCUUCUCUUCAUUUUCAACCUCUAAUCUCGAUACCGAGUCCACAGCAUCAUUCUUCCAAGACAAGAGUGUCUCACUUGCACAGCUGCUUGGAUUUAGAACAGAUGACAGAGGAAGGUUGUAUUUCCCUAAGUCGUUAAGGUUUGAAGAAAGGAACAUGAUACUAGAAAAUGGUUCUUGUUCUAAUGGCACCAAAGUACAAGAAAAGGAUGUUGCUAAGGUUAUUUGUAUACCUGUGCUACUUGAUGCAUUGCUGAAGAUUAUAAAGAGUAAGAAGAGUUCAAGAAACUAGGAUAUGAUUGAUUAACACGAUUGAGAAUGCAGAUUCAUAAUUCUGUGAAGAUUUCAAGUCAUUUCAGCUGGUUUUUGGUAAUUGUCAUCUAUUGUAUAACUUUCCCAAUUUCUUUGUAACUUGGAAUUAGUUCUUAAAUAUGUGAAUAUAAUAUUGAGAG